AUAGAUGGAAAACGUAUGCGGAAAUCGAUCCAGAGAAGAACCGUUGAUUACAACCAUAGCAUAGCACGUUGGAUGCAAAUAUCGCCUUAUAUCAAGAACAAGAGGGAUCUUCCCUUUCUUCGGCCGGAUCCCAACUUUAUUGUCGAUCUUUUGCCGCCAUCUGCCUACACCAACAACCCUAUGAACGCUUGGACACCCGAAGGACGACGUCUGGUUACUGGAUCGUCGAGUGGCGAGUUCACACUCUGGAAUGGCUUGACCUUCAACUUCGAGACCAUUCUUCAGGCUCACGACACUGCAGUCCGAGCGAUGAAAUGGAGCCAUAAUGACGACUGGAUGGUUACAGCGGAUCAUAAUGGAUUUAUCAAAUACUGGCAGUCGAAUAUGAACCCGCUCAAAGUCUUUCAAGGCCACAAAGAGGCCAUUAGGGAUCUCAGUUUUUCGCCAAGCGAUGCUCGGUUUGCGACAUGCUCGGACGAUGGAACGAUUAAGAUCUGGAACUUUCAUGAGGGGAUCGAAGAAAGAACGCUAACAGGACACGGAUGGGAUGUAAAGUGCGUAGAUUGGCACCCACAGAAGUCGUUGCUCGCAUCAGGAAGUAAAGACAACCUGGUAAAGCUGUGGGAUCCAAAGACCGGAAGGACAUUGACGACGCUGCAUGGUCACAAAAACACGAUUCUAGGACUGCAGUGGAACAAAAACGGCAACUGGUUGGCGACCGCGGCGCGCGAUCAACUCGUGAAGAUUUACGAUAUUAGGAUGAUGAAGGAUUUGCAGACUUUCAGGGGUCAUAAGAAAGAGGUCUGUUCGGUCGCAUGGCACCCACAGCACGAGUCCCUUCUAGCGACAGGAGGUUCGGAGGGUUCGAUCAUGUUCUGGACUAUGGGACAGUCGGAGCCGUCGGGAUGCAUGGAGAAUGCGCACGAUUCGAAUGUUUGGUCGCUAGACUGGCAUCCUGUCGGACACAUCCUCGUUUCUGGAUCUAAUGACCAUACGACCCGGUUCUGGACCAGGAAUCGUCCUGGAGAGUCGAUGCAGGACAAGUUCAAU